UCGUCACGCCGGUGUCGACCAGAUGCCGAUACCACAACAGUGUCGAUGAUACCGUUAUUGGGCUCGAUCCAGCCUGCUCUCAUGGCGCACAAGAAGUGUCCUGCUUCUCUAAUUCUACUUUUAAAGAUGCUGUACUUUGCAAGUCGUACCAAGUGAUGUGUCGGCGGGGUUAAGAGAUGAAGUAAGAGUCCAACAAACCAACGAACAAAGCAAGAAAGAAGGAAGGAAGUAAAGAAAGAAGUAAAGAAAGAAAGGCUGUUGUUGCCUCCAAGUCUCCAUUGUUGUCGCUGUGAGUCCUGGUGCUCCAAAAGGUGAUGGUCCAGUCAUGACUCCUGGCAAUGGCAACACAAACAGUAGCCACCAGCGAGGAGGGACUAAGGCGGUCCAGGCCAUAGUCCAGUCCAGCAUCCUGACACACUUCAUAGAGGGCUUUGUCAUCCAGGAAGGUGCCCAGCCUUUCCCAGUGGAACACCCGACCUUCUCAGUGGACUGUCUCAGGAAACACACCUCACACCCCAGGAUCAACAACCUCUCGCCUAAGGAUUCCAAGUGUCCGCAAGAGGCCGUGCUCACCUGUGAGCUCUGUGGCAAGGUGGACUUUGCAUAUGUCUUCAGAAGGUCCAAGAGGUUCUGUUCCACAGUCUGUGCUAAGCGAUACAACGUAGGAUGCACUAAAAGAAUGGCUCUCUUCCUAAAUGGCAAAUCUGCACUGGAGGACAGCAAGACACAAAGACCACUGGAUGGAAAGCAGAAGAAGGCCAUGGUGGAGUUUAAAAAGCAGAAGUCGGACCCCCACUUCCUCCCGAGCGACCCCGCCCACUGGAACGUGGACCACGUCCACGGUUUUAUCUGCUCGCUGCCAGGUUGCCUGGAGAUCGCAGAAGAGUUCCGUGGUCAGGAGAUUGACGGGCAGGCGCUGCUGCUGCUGCAGGAAGACCACCUGCUGGGCGCCAUGAACAUCAAGCUGGGGCCCGCGCUGAAGAUCGCCGCUCAGAUCAGUUUGCUCAAAGACUUCUAGCACCUUCUUCCACGCCCAUAUUUGCCACCUCUGCUAGCAUAUUUAAUGAGUCUCUUCUAUUUAUUUCAUUCCUUCAUAAUCAUUUUCCUUUCUUUCAAGCUGACGUUAUUUGACAGGAUAUCCAGUUUUUGUCCUUUUCUCCUGGCACUCGUUGCUUUUGCCGAUGGUUUCAUGUUCCAUCAUUCAUGGACGUGAAGACAGAUGAUCCACACUUUCUGUAAAUAUCUUGACAAAUAUCAUAUUUUACCCCCUCACUUUUACACAGAUCAAAUAUUUCCCAUAGAUUAGCGUCACCGGGCUAUAAACCGCAUAGAAAUCCGUAAAAUUAGUCGCACCGUCUUAUUAGCCACAGAGUUCAAAGUUUAGGAAAAAAGGUAGUGUUUUAUAACCUGGAAUUCACGAUAGUAAACUUAUUAUGUAAGUGAAGAAGAGGAGGCAGCUGCUCACACAUUCUCAUACUUUCUGUAACAUCCAGGGGAAAAUGUCUCAACUUUAAUCUACGUUUUGACUUCAUGGCCAACAAGACUUCAGAGUUCCUGGGCCUCCCACGUAUUAAAAAGUGCUGGACAGUUGAGCAGAUCUUCCAUAUUUGACUCACAUGUGCACCUGAUGAAGGUGUUGGAGACUUUUGGCUGAUCAAGUCAACACAAGAUUAACAUAACUGCUCCAAACUUUCAUCAAAUAUAUUUUUGAAACAAUUUAAAGCAUUUUCCAGCUCUUUACUGACAUACAAUAUUUCAAUGACUGUGACUGCAAUCAAGUCAGCCAUAGGAAAGUUGAUCUGCCGCUCCACGUCUCCUCCUCGUUGUCUACAUGACUCGUGUUUGCCAACCAUAGAAAAGUUGAUCUGCCGCUCCACUUCUCCUCGUCAACAUGACUCGUGUUUGCCAACCAUAGGAAAGUUGAUCUGCCGCUUCACGUCUCCUCCUCGUCAACAUGACUCGUGUUUGCCAACCAUAGAAAAGUUGAUCUGCCGCUCCACGUCUCCUCCUCGUCAACAUGACUCGUGUUUGCCAACCAUAGAAAAGUUGAUCUGCCGCUCCACGUCUCCUCCUCGUCUACAUGACUCGUGUUUGCCAACCAUUGAAAAGUUGAUCUGCCGCUCCAUGUCUCCUCCUCGUCAACAUGACUCGUGUUUGCCAACCAUUGAAAAGUUGAUCUGCCGCUCCACUUCUCCUCCUCGUCAACAUGACUCGUGUUUACCAACCAUAGAAAAGUUGAUCUGCCGCUCCACUUUUCCUCCUCGUCAACAUGACUCGUGUUUACCAACCACAGAAAAGUUGAUCUGCCGCUCCACGUCUCCUCGUCAACAUGACUCAUGUUUGCCAACCAUUUAAAAGUGGAUCCAUCACUUCCUAUCAAUGAUGACCAAACACUGAAUUACAUUUUCAAUCCUCUACUUUCAGUUUCAGUUCUCCAUACGAUACAUUUGACGACACAUUAGGUUUGUCCAGAGCUAAUCUUGCUGCCAAUCAUGUCACGUUGCAGAAGUUAUGUUCAUGUCCUCGAUGAUGCAAUGUGUGGCCUCAACUCCUCACUUUUUUAAUGACUCUUCAUUUCAAAGACUCAAGUUUUGUAUGCCUUUUAAUAAACAGAAUAUUUUUGGA